CCCCGUCUCUCCCCGUAACCAUGGCGUUCUGGGGCCUUGAGAUCCUGCCCGGCAAGCCGAUGCCGCUCAACCUGACACGACGCCUCGUCGUCAAGCAGGCCGCGCUUGUCGUUUCCAAGCCCGCCAAGAAGACCGAGCCGUGCGUACUCUCGGUGUCGGUCGCGGAGGACGAGCAGCGCUACGUUGUCUGCCGGCUGCACGAGGGCGUGCUCGAGCAGUGCCCGAUGGAGCUUCCCUUCUCGCCAGGCGACGAGGCGCAGGUCCACCUCAGCGGCGGCCACGCGGUGCACCUCACCGGCUUCCUCGAGCUGGACCACGAGGACGACACGGAGGACAUGGACGGCGAGCUCGACGAGCUCGACGAGGAGAGCUCCGACGAGGUUGCCGCGCCCGCGCCCGCGCCCGCCGGCAAGAAGCCAGCCCCAGGCAAGGCGGCGCCGGCGGCGGCGACCUCCGCGGCCAAGGGGAAGAAGCCGGUGCCUGAGCCUAUGAACGAGAGCGACGAC